AUGUUAGGAAAAGCUCUCUCUCUCUCUCUCUUUCAUCGCACCGAUCGCGACUCUGCUUUCAACUUUGUUUUCUCAUCGCACCGAUCGACCUCUAGUUUGUCAUCGCACCGAUCGACCUCUAAUUUCUCAUCGCACCGAUCGAUCUCUGCUUUCUCAUCGCAACUCUGUGCGCAGCUUCACUUCGAAUCUCACUCUCUCGUGUUUCGCAAGAUCGACUCUGCUCUGCAAUUCACAGAUCCUGCGGCUCAGGUGCAUCGUAAACGAGCUGGUGGAUUUCAAGGAGUAGAAUUUUCGGAAGGGUGGGUUGAAUUUUCUAAAAGAAGUAUCGCCAAGAGGGUUGCAAAGAUGUUAACUGGUGAACAAAUAGAAUGGAACAUGUUUCAAUCUCUCUCUCUCUGAUGAUGAUGAAGGCUGAAUCAAUUGCUAGGGUUACCAAGAUCAUCUCAUCUUUUCUCUGCGGUCGUGUAUCCGAAAUCAAAGGUCAUGCUUCUCUUCUCUUCUUGGUUGUGUAUCUGAAAUCCCUAAUUCAUUCUCACUCCCAGCCGAGUCCUACCCUAGUCUCUUUCGCUCCUCUCUCUCUUUCAGCGGCCGCAACACCGUGUCCAGUACCCCAUACAGCUACGUGGUGGUGCCGCCCUGUUUCAACCACAACAACAGAGUCUCUCACCCCUGGCAUCCUCUCCAAACUUCUCCAAAAUCUCAGCAACACUAUCGCUGAAGGGUAUUGAGAAGAAAGUGGGUGUGAAAUGAGAGAUUGAGGGUUUGGAGAGUCUUCGAUCUUCGAAGCCAUUGGUUAGCCCCCAAUCACAUUGUGGGUCGAAUACAAAACCUAAUUUGGGGGUUUUUGAGAAGGUCUCUGUAAAAAAAAAAAAAAAAAAAAAAAA